UUUGCCGGUGCAGAAACAAGAUUUACAGCAGCAGGAUACUUAUAGGUUGGAAGAUGUAGGUUUAAAUAAUUAAUGUUGUAAACAGUCAAUUGGAGUUGUGUUGUAGAAUGUAAAAUUUGAAAGUGCCAUGUCUGGUUGAUAACAUUAAUAAUUACUACGGUAAAAGAGAUCGUAUUAGCGAACAGCUAGCUAGCGGUUUACACUGCAGAGGCUGAAAAUCCUGAUGUUCAGCGGGGAUUGUGAAAAGAAGAUACCUCCAGAUUCCUUACUUUUUGUGUACGAGUUGCAGUGCAUAAAACAUACACUUUGUCCAACUGUAUUUUCAAUCGCGGUGUUAUUCUACAAGAUACGGCGUGGACAACAUAAACAAUACAUACUCCAUUUGAAGCAAAUAUAACAAAAUGGCAACGUUAUUUGUAACGUUUUUCGAUUUGAUAAACAAGUGUCACCACAGUUAACAGUAAAGUUUUGACGUUUUGCGUAUUAUCACUGGACAUUAGUGACUGGGGAGAGAACGGAUUUGUGCUAAACACAGGACUUUAGGAAACAAAAGAAGAAUUUAUUGGAACGUUCCUCGAGUUUUCCUUGCUUGUCAAAUACAUUAACAUAAUAACUAAUUUACACAACUGAAGACGGCGCAUAUCACAAGAGAACUGUGCAUUGCUGCUGAACUAGAACUAUUGGCAAUUAUGGAGUGGUCGUUGUUCUAAGAACAGAUCUGAUACAUUUAACAGUGUUUAACAAAUAACUUUUUCAAAUUUGAAAUACGUUAAAAAAAUAUUUUACAUAUAUUUUAUUAAUUAAUUAUUACAUAAGUGACUUGGGUGUCGAGUGUGGUUAUAUGCAUUAUUAACCAGUAUCGAUACUGAGUUAGAGAACUUUAAAAAAAAAAAAAUUCCUUGCAAGUUGCAUUAACUAGUCUGUUUAUGGAAGACACAAUUUAAUACAUUUGAGGCACAAAGUUAUGCAAUACUGUGUUAAAUACCUACAAUAUUGUAAGUUCAGUAUGGAUAUAUGCGAGGGUGCCGGUAUGUGGGAUGGACUGGGGAGCAGAGACACAAGGUCCAGAGAAAUGUCAAUGGAAAACAUAAGUCAAGAAGUGCUGCGCAGAGCUGAAAAGAUAGGUCCCAUUAGUAAAGAAGUCCUUCAACCACUGCGAUCGCCUGUCAGCUCUCCUGAUGGCUUGAACUGGAUGCUGGCCCGGCUGCUGAUGUUGUCCCGGAGGUGUCCAUAUGCUGACGUCAGAGAGAAGUGCUUAUCCGUGCUGCAAAUCGUGCAGGACAUUGGAGUUCGAAUUCCAAGGCCUCUGGAACAUGGACCAAGCAGAUUUAUCCCUGAAAAAGAGAUACUUCAGGUAAGUAAAGUGAAUGCUAAGACACAAGCGAUUUUUGAAGACGCCUUUGCUGCCUUGGGUCGCCUUGACAACAUUUCUCUAGUAAUGGGGUUCCACCCUAAGUACCUGGAGAGCUUUCUUAGGACACAGCACUACCUGCUACAGAUGGAUGGUCCCCUUUCACUCCAUUGCCGGCACUACAUUGGGAUCAUGGCUGCAGCCAGGCAUCAGUGUUCCUAUCUGGUCAACUUGCAUGUGAAUGAUUUCCUUCAAGUGGGAGGGGACUCCAAGUGGCUGAAUGGUUUGGAAGACGCCCCAGAGAAGCUGCAGCAUUUGGAGGAGCUGAAUAAAAUACUGGCACACCGACCAUGGCUUGUCACAAAAGCUCACAUCGAGCAAUUGUUGAAGGCUGAAGAGCACAGCUGGUCCCUGGCCGAGCUCAUUCACGCAGUGGUCUUGCUCACACACUACCACUCGCUGGCCUCCUUCACAUUCGGUUGUGGAAUUAGUCCUGAAAUCCACUGUGACGGAGGGCACACUUUCCGACCCCCUUCUGUCAGCAACUACUGCACCUGCGACAUCGCCAACGGAAACGACACACUGGACGAGAUUCAAGGCAACCAUGCGUUGACUGAUGCCCUUUGUGAGGUGGAGGCAUUAAUGGAGAAGAUGAAGCAGCUGCAGGAAUGCAGAGAUGAGGAGGCGAGUCAGGAGGAGAUGGCAACCCGCUUCGAGACGGAGAAAACUGAAAGCAUGCGGGUAGCUGCUGCAGAGGAAGAAGAUUCAGUGCCAGCCAGGGACGUCUCCCGUCACUUCGAAGACACGAGUUACGGAUACAAAGACUUCUCAAGACGUGGGGAGCAUGUGCCUACGUUUCGCGCUCAGGACUACAGCUGGGAGGACCAUGGCUACUCCUUGGUGAAUCGUCUUUACCCCGAUGUGGGUCAGCUGCUGGAUGAGAAGUUCCAGAUUGCUUACAACUUAACAUACAACACCAUGGCGAUGCACCGGGACGUGGACACCUCCAUGCUGAGGAGGGCAAUCUGGAACUACAUCCACUGCAUGUUUGGAAUAAAAUACGACGACUAUGAUUAUGGAGAAAUCAAUCAGCUGUUGGAUCGCAGCUUUAAAGCUUACAUCAAGACCGUGGUCUGCAGCCCAGAGAAGACCACCAAAAGAAUGUAUGACAGCUUCUGGAGGCAAUUUAAACACUCUGAGAAGGUACAUGUAAAUUUGCUUCUUAUGGAAGCUCGUAUGCAAGCAGAGCUGCUCUAUGCUUUAAGAGCAAUUACUCAUUAUAUGACAUGAAAUGCUAUUUUGGAAUGCGUCGAGAGAGCCUGAAUGUUACAUACUGUAGAUCUUCAUUGCGGAUGCUGAAUCAUCUGAACCUGGAUUUGGUUAACUGGCUGUGAGUUCCAUUGUGCCAUAAUGUGCUGUGGAUGCAUCAAGUCUAAUACUCAGAGGUUGGCUUCAGCAGAAGAUACGGAUAGACUGUGUGAAGAAGCAGCAAACUUCAGUAUUCAAUUUCAUCUGUACUUGACAUCAUCAUCGAAUGCAAAAUUUGCAACUUUCAAGUCUUUGUAGCAGUGCACCAAGCCGCAUUAAGUAUUUAGUAUUGUAUUGUGUUUAACGUUGAUAUUGAAACAGGACUUCAAAUGCAUUAAUCGUUGAAAGAAAUAGGGUUUUAAAACACGUGCCUAAUGUGUAAUGUGAAGAUGCUGCUCCAGUACUCUUUCUUGCCAGUGGAAUCAGUUGACCACUGGCUGUCCAUGUAAGCUAAAACAAAUGAAUGUAAAAAAAAAACACUGCAACUGAGCCUCUGUGGUUUACUGUAAGAAACAGCUGGUAUUGUGUUGUGAAUUAUUGUAUUGCUGAGUUUUUUUUUUAUUUAUUUAUUUAUUUUUUUGCUGUAAACUUUGGAAUUUGAAACUUCUCCAUUUGCAACAGUUUGAAGGUUGAGUCAGUUUCUUCUCUUGUUAUUUCUGCUGUAUAGACAAUGUUGUUUGAAGAAGCUUCGUUGUAAUUUCACCUUCACCAAAUAGUAACUCAGUAAAUAUCGGUCUUCCUAAGAGAAGUGGAUUUGUUACAUUUUAGGGGUUUUCUUCCCUAUGUCUUCCAUAGAUGUUCAUCUAACAUUUAACAUAGUUGUGCAUUAAAAUUUGACUACAUCCUUAUAUGCUCUAUGUGGGCAAAAUUAUUGUUUUGCACGUAUCCUCCCUUUGAUGCUACUGCAUUUUUGUUAUUGGCAGCAGAGCUUCAGGGAGAGUGGUAUGAUAUUGACUGUGCUGCUACAGCCAUUUGAGAUGCCAGUUGUCACCAUGGUUGUGUGAGCUUACCCAUCAAUAGUUUUCGUGACAAAGCUGGUAAAUCAUGUUUUGUUUACUAAAAAAUAACUAUAAUACUAUACUUGAUUUUGAAGAAGAUGAACAUCAAUGUGUAAACGCAUGUUUUUUGUAGGGGUUUAAAACAAAAAUGAUUUAAAUGCAAAAUGCUUGUAUUAAAAUGCAAAAUGCUUGUAUUAAACCUAUAAAGAGCUUAAAUGUUUCCAGACUUUUCAGUAUUGCAUUUUAAAUAAAGCAGACCAUGCAAAAA